GUGUACCGACCCCGCACCGACUCGUGUCCACACAGCGGUUUGGGAGCACACCGUCAACAGGGGAGCUGCGGAUGUCCUGCUUCUUUGUACUGGGCUGAGGAAAUGUUCCUUCUUCUCACACUGCAGGCCUAAACCCCCCAGCUCUUUAUUCUGGAACGCUCGGCGAACACGACAGCAGUCAGCAGAUCUUCUACCGCUCUCUGAAGCAGAAGAGCUGCUUUUGGGUCUUUAUUUAUUCCUCACUUUUAUUCUCUCCUCCUCACCUUCAAGAACAGCAAGAAGACUCUGCUUUUGAAAGAUUGGCCAGCUGAAGCAGAUCUUUUUGUUGCAGCACAAGAAGAACAGGACUAACGCUCCCUGAGAAUGGGUGACUGGAGUGCUCUGGGUCGUCUGCUGGACAAGGUCCAGGCCUACUCCACUGCCGGGGGCAAGGUCUGGCUGUCGGUCCUCUUCAUCUUCAGGAUCCUGGUCCUGGGGACCGCGGUGGAAUCGGCCUGGGGAGACGAGCAGUCGGCGUUCAAAUGCAACACCCAGCAGCCCGGUUGCGAGAACGUGUGCUACGACAAGUCCUUCCCCAUCUCCCAUGUCCGCUUCUGGGUCCUCCAGAUCAUCUUCGUGUCGACGCCUACGCUGCUCUACCUGGCUCACGUCUUCUACCUGAACCGGAAGGAGCAGAAGUUCAACAGGAAGGAGGAACUGCUCAGGGCCGUGCAAAACGACGGCGGUGAUGUCGACAUCCCGCUGAAGAAGAUCGAGAUGAAGAAGCUAAAGUAUGGCAUUGAGGAGCACGGCAAAGUGAAGAUGAAAGGGGCCCUGCUCAGAACCUAUAUCGUCAGCAUUUUCUUCAAGUCCAUGUUCGAGGUGGGUUUCCUGGUCAUCCAGUGGUACAUCUACGGGUUCAGCCUCUCCGCGGUCUACACCUGCGAGAGGGAUCCGUGCCCACACAGGGUGGACUGCUUCCUGUCGCGUCCCACGGAGAAGACCGUGUUCAUCAUCUUCAUGCUGGUGGUCUCCCUGGUAUCCCUGAUGCUCAACGUCAUCGAGCUGUUCUACGUGUUCUUCAAGAGGAUCAAAGAUCGCGUGAAGGGCAAACAGCCGCCCAUUGUCUACACAAGUGGGAACACAUUGAGCCCCACCCCGAAAGAUCUGUCCACCACCAAGUACGCCUACUAUAACGGCUGCUCCUCCCCCACGGCGCCACUCUCGCCCAUGUCCCCCCCGGGCUACAAGCUGGCCACUGGGGAGCGGGGCACCGGCUCGUGUCGCAAUUACAACAAGCAGGCCACCGAGCAGAACUGGGCCAACUACUCCACGGAGCAGCACCGGCUCGGCCAGAAUGGCGGAGGAAGCACUAUUUCAAACUCCCACGCACAGGCCUUUGACUUCCCGGACGACACCCAGGAGCAUAAGAAACUGCCCUCGACGGCGGGACAUGAGAUGCAGCCGCUGGCGCUGAUGGACGCCCGGCCCUGUAGCCGGGCCAGCAGCCGGAUGAGCAGCCGACCAAGGCCAGACGACCUGGACGUGUAAGCCCCGGUUCCCCCCACCCCACCUCGCCUCCUCCAUGCUCUGCCCUGAAUGACGGGAUGUGCGGCUUCAGCCGGAGAGUCAGAAAGCACUCCAUCACAAAUGUUCAGACAGGAGGCGGGGCUAACCUCAAUCAUUGUCUUCAGUUUAGAGACUCUUAGUCACUCGAGGAGAAAUUAAAACCUUUUAACACUGUCAAAAAGGUACAAGUUGCAAAUAUGUUUUCUUUGUUUUGUUUUCAAUUACUUUUACCGUAACCUUUUAGGGGGAGCAGGCCCAGCUUUGAGAGAACAGAACAGCCACAGGGGGGUGGCGUGAGAGUCCAACUGAGGGCCGCGAUCGCUCUGGUUACAUUUAAAGGAAAAAGUCUUCCUCUUGUUUUCAUAGUUUCUGCUAUUCUUCCUAUUGGUGACAGCAUCUUUUUAUUAACCACUGUCAGAGCUGAUUUCUGAAAGGUGUGGGGACAGCUUCAUAACAGGGUGCCUUGUUAGUUAUGUUUUUGUUUUGUUUUUUGUUAAACAUGUGACCAGAUUACCCUUACUUCGGUCGAGCUUUGUCAAUUAAACGAAAAGAAAAGGAAAGUCCAGUAGCUGCAACAUACAAAUCUCUUUGAAAAUUGAAGACUCACGUGAAAGUUUUCUGACUAAAACUAUUUAGUUUGUCCCCUUUGUGCUUAAAAAAAUAACAACACUGUUGGUAUGAGAUAGGAUGUAAACUCUGGGAGAGGAAAAGGCCUCAACAUAGGUCACAUUAACGAAUGAUCGCUUGAUAAAGCUUGCUAAUGUUUGCGGUGAAAGAUGGCUUCAUGGCGUAAGCGGUUCGCUUACGCCAUGAAGCUCAUUUCACGUUCCGAAUGAAUGUUUUCAAACACACCUUCUGUUUUACCCCUCUCUCCGGAACUGUCGUGUCCCAGUUCAUUUCAGUCGCGACAAAGACGGGAGUUAUUGUUCAGACAAAGAAUAUGUAAAGUGCUCCCCACUUGGGAGAAUACUUAAUAUCUGUUGUAGUGAAUAUUUAUUGCUUGGCAUCCGUAGGACACCUACCACUAAGAGGAACAUUUGACUACUAUCCAGUAUCUCUCACUCACAGAUAACAUCUUCCAUUAACUCCCCACAAACUGUAUAUUUAUUGACAGUAAAACAUUUUAUUUUUUCCUCUUUAGUAACUUGGUCAGUCAGUGUGGACUGUUAUUUCCUGAUAAACUUUGAAUUUAUGUGGUGUCAUGUUUUCUUUUUGUGGUUUUAAUUUGUCUUGGGGGGGGGGGGGGGGUUGUGUGUGUUUGAGAGAGUGGCGGGGCUGAGGGGUUCAGGCUGCUGUGACCCAGCAUACACUGAUCUGCUUUCACGUGGCUCUCAUAAAGAAAGGCUUUAUUACUGUUAUAUCUUUUUUUCAUCUUUUGCAGGCUGUAGAGAAAGACAGUAGAAUGAUUUAUCUGCAUUUUACAUAUUUGAGUGAAUGAUCUUUAUUUUUCAGACUCAAUGUAACCAUUGCUGCUUGAGAAAUAGAUAUUUAGUACUGUAAAUCAAGCUAACUGUGUCACAAUAAAAACAAUGUGAGUUUUUAGAAGACUGCUUAUAGAUCUGGACUAAUAUUUAGUCAAUUAUGUUCAAAUGUAUGCCAAUGUAGCUCUACAACUACCAAACACUAGGAUAAAUCUCAAUUUGGGCCUUUCUUUUUCUGUAAUUUAAAAGAAAAUUGUCAUUUGUGCAUCAUUUUGUCGGUACUUACAUGUGUCAUGGAUCUUUCAGCUACAAUGGCAUUUGCACUGAGAUCUUGCUGAUAGAGAUGUAAUAUGAUGCACACAGUUAGUGGGAAGAGUUUUCUGAUGAUACACUUGUUACUAAUUUAUUUUAUAACACAGAAAUCACUACAGUGCAUAAUAUCGGACAUCUGACCACUGGUGUCAUCGACUGUUUCUGUGAGAGAUGUCUUCCAUUGACAGGAACAGGAGAAAUCAGUCAUUUGUUGCCAUAAUUCAAUGCUAAUCCGCAGGGAUCCACUGUUGUACAGUGUAAGUGCAUGAUAGCAAAACAAAAACCCAUUAAUUGUAUCUGUGAAAAGCUAUUUUAACCAAUAAAUAUUUUUUCU